AUGGGGUACGAUAGACCCUUGCUGAGGAAAACAGUGUCAGUCUUCUUUAAUGAUAUUCUCAUAUACAACAAGAAUAUGGAGGAUCAUAUCUUGCAUGUUAAAGUGGUUUUUGAUUUGAUGCAAAGGUUCCAACUCUAUGCCAAGAUGUCCAAAUGUGCUUUUGGAGUGCCUAAGGUGGAGUACUUAGGCCAUUUCAUCAGUAAAGAAGGAAUGGCAAUUGAUCCAAGGAAGAUUGCAGCAGUUGAACAAUGGCCUAUUCUCACAAAUAUUAAGCAGUUGAGAGGAUUCUUGGGCCUUGCAGGAUAUUAUAGAAGAUUUAUUCAAGGAUAUGGCUCCAUAUGCAGACCAUUACACGAUCUUCUCAAGAAGGAAGGUUAUCAUUAUAUUGAAGAAGCUACUUUUGCAUUCAACAAGCUUAAACAAGCACUGAUUUCUGCACCAGUGUUAGCUAUGCCAAACUACACUCAGGCAUUUUUGGUAGAGACAGAUGCAAGUGGCAAAGGAAUUGGUGUUGUACUAAUGUAG